AUGGAUGACUACACUUUUGCACGCCAUUUCCACGUCACCAAGCCACAGUUUGAAUAUCUCCAGAUGAAGUUGCAGGAGAACGGCAUAAAAAAAGAACACAGUCAAGGUCUACCACCAGUGCCUGUGACAAAGAAGGUGCUGAUGUUCCUGUGGUACAUGGCCAACCAAAACAGCUUUAGGGAGAUUUCAGACAAGUUUGAUGUGUCACAGUCGUCAGCACACAGGAUCAUUCUAGAAGUGCUCCACAUCAUGUCUACAAUGGGACAAACCUUCAUCUCCUGGCCAAACACUUGUGAGAAAGCAGCAUCUGCUGCUGCUUUCCACCGGCUCUGUGGCCUCAGUGGCAUCAUCGGUGCAAUCGAUGGGUGCCACAUAAGGGUGCAGAGGCCACAUAUAAGAGGAGGAGACUACAUGAACAGAAAAUCAUUCUACUCUGUCCUCCUUCAGGGUAUUGUAGAUGAGAGGGGGCGAUUCAUUGACAUUUUUGCUGGACCACCAGGCAGGGUUCAUGAUGCCAGGAUGCUGAGGGCCUCCAACUUCUACGCAGCAUGGGAGGAGAAGAUGGGCGAGUACAGCUUGCUGGGAGACAGUGGCUACAUUGGACAGGCCUUCCCAUUUGUCAUCACUCCUAAGCGUGACAAUGGAGCUCUUUCUGAAGCAGACCAGCUGCAGAACUCCAAGAUCAGCCGUGGGAGGGUGAUCAUCGAGCAAGCCUUUGGAAGGAUGAAGUGCAAGUGGAGGCGUCUUCGUGAUCUGCAGAACACCCGGAUUGAUGCUGUGGCCCACAAGCUGGGUAAUGUAAUCGAUCUGUCUGAUACCGUGUUUGCUGACAGUCUGAGCGCCGGACGCAGGGUUCGAGAGGUAGGGAACUUAGGUAUCCGCCUGCAGGUGGAUCUUGUCCUGCACCACAUGUAG